GGAGAGCGGGAGGACAAACAGUGGAGUGGUGAUGUCUGUCUCUCGUCCCUGCUGUGUUUUCCCUUUGAACAGGUGACCCAGAACCUCCACGGCUCCCCCGGUGAUCUGCAUUGGUGUGUUCUUUAUUCUGCAGUGCCUGUCAAGGGCCAGGCAAGAAGAACUAGACCAGCUUGUCCCCUAGUUAACCCAUCCAUCAGGUGGAGGCAACGGUGUCAGGAUGGAGGCAAGCUUAUGUUCCCAGGAGGACACUGUCAACCUGUUCUUUGUGCACCCGCCCGGUGAUGGCCUCCCUUCCAACAUCCUCCUCUGUGCCCUCCAGGCUUGUGAGGAAAAGUUAAGGGUACAGUGGCUCUCGCAGGAGGAGUGCAUCAAGGUCACCCCUGCCAAAGAAGACAUCUUUGUAUGUGACCCCUUCGAGGGAGAGGCUUUUGACUAUCUGGUGAACUGCCCAAAGUCCAUCGUUGUGGGUCCAAAGUGCAUACUGUCAUGCCUUCACCGCAUGGAGCCCAUCCCAUCACUGCCAUCACCCCUCCACAACACGGCCAUGAAUCGCCUGGUUAUCACUACCACUGGCUUUUCUCGCCCAGAGAAGGAGGAGCUGCAGCGGCUCAUAAAGCGCAUGUCCGGCAUCUACUCUAACAACUACAACCAGGAUGUGACACACUUGGUGGUCAAGAUGGUGGGCAGCGAGAAAUACAAGGUGGCAGUGGAGCAGCAGAUUCCCAUUAUGACAGAGGGAUGGGUGAUGAGUGUGUGGGAGGCGGUUGUGAAGGAGGAGGCAGGCGAGCACGUGUCUGCCACAGAUGAGUUGUUUCUCCCGUACAAGUGUAAGCCUCUGCACGGACUGGUGGUGUGUGUCUCCCAAGUUGACCAGGACACCAAGGCAGAUCUGAAGAGGAUUAUUGAGGAGAAUGGUGCCACAUACACCAAUACACUAGAUAAGGGGUCAACCUCCGUGCUGAUCGUAUCUUCUCCCGAGGGCAAGAAGUACAAUUUUGCCAUCAAGUGGGGUAUUUAUUGUUUAUACCCUGAAUGGCUGUACCACUCAGUUCAGCAGGGCCAUGCACUGAAUGAGGAGGAGUAUGAGGUGCAGGCACGCAAAACCUCUACUUUCACCGACAGCUGCAUAGAUAAUGAGUUGCCUUCAGAUUUCUCCUUGUGUAGCACCAUUCUCAAUGACACGUCAACACAAAGGACAAUCACCUCCAUCGACGAGACAGCCAGCCUGGAGAGCCUGGCCAGGAGGAAGUCCAACACCAAUGAUGAGGCAGAUAGCCAGCAAGAGGCAGAGGAAGUAGAGGCUCUCAACCUUCAGGAGGCAUUGAAGGCAGACAAUUUCCUGGCUGGGUGUCGAGUGUAUCUGGCUGGCUUCACACCCAUCCACACAGAGAAGCUACGACGGGUGCUGGGGGCAGGGGGCGCCUCAAGACUCAGCCAGCUAACUGAGUCUGUCACCCAUGUGCUGCUAGCAUCACCCAAGGCUGACCUCCUCAAGAACAUGCAUGGGUGGGCUACAAAACCCCACAUCGUGUCAGUGCGGUGGAUUGCAGAGAGCAUGCAACUGAAACGUCCAGCAGAUGAAAGCAAUUUUCUCAUCCAUCAAGAGGCAGACUGGGAACAACAGCCAUUUAAGAUGCCCUCUACAGCUACGCAAAGGUCAUCCAUCAGCACCUCCAUGGUGGAUUAUAAUGAUGAGACGCAUGUAGAUGAGGCGCUGCUACAUGAACGGUCCUUGGGGCCCAGACAGAGGAGGGAGAGGGGGGCCAGCAUGGAAGAGACUGCUCAUGAUGUCUCCACUCUGCCACAGUCACAGGCCUCAGAGCUCCCUGGUAUAUUUAGCGGCAAAAAUUUUACCAUAUUGGGGCACAACCAAGAGAUAAAGGAGGAGCUGGCUGAGAUGAUAGAGCUUAACGGAGGCCAUGUAGUGUCUUUAGCAGGGCAGGAACAGUCAGCCAGCAUCCACUAUAUGGUGAUAACAGCUGGUGGUGAUGCUGAUAGAGCCCUUUACCACCACCACCACCAUCAAGGUCACAAUCACCAUACACAGCUGAUCUCGCCUUCCUUCCUUGAGGAUUGUGUUGAGUCACAGAGGCUCUUGCCAGUGGAGUACUAUCAUCUACCGCUGCUCCUGCCAGCAGACUCUGUCUCCUCGCUGGAUGGCUGCUGCAUCACCGUAUCCGUCUAUGCCCAUUAUGAACGCCGCUUCCUGGAACACCUGGUGGUUCUCCUUGGUGCCAGGAACCAAGACAAGUUCAGCCGUACAGCUAAGGCAGACAAGAACCUUCAGGCCAGCACACACCUGGUUUGCCCCACCCCAACUGGCACUAAGUACACUGCUGCCAAGAAAUGGGGCGUGAAGGCUGUCACCUGCGACUGGCUUAUCGAGUGUGCCCAAACACGCUCCAGGGUCCCUGAGAAACCCUUCCUUGUGGGGAGUGGCGAUCCUGUGCAGGUGCCAAGGAAAGCUGUGAUCAGGGAGCUGUGGGAUUGUGCAGUUGUGGGUGGAGAGACAAGGGAGGAAGGCGAGGAGGAGGAGAUACCUGCUACUCCUGCUAUGAGCAGAUCGAAGCCAUUCCACUCAUCUGAAGCCCUUGCCUCACUCUCCCCUCUUAGGAUAUUUGACCGCGAGGCAAUUAGUGAAAUAGAUGGUGGAGCCGACCCGGCUGGGAGAGCAAGUCCGCCAGUGCUAGAAUUUCCAACCCCUGGCACGACACGCUUCAACAAGACCAAGAGGGAGGCGGAGUUGGAUGCCAUGCCCACUCCAGACACCUCUUACGGCUGUACCUGGCACCACGAUCCCUCACCAAGGCUGAGGAAAUGCAUCAAACGCUGCAUAGAUUCCCUCCCAGAUGUUCCUGAUCAACCCAAGUCCCCCACAGUCAAGGACAUGUUCACGGCAUGCAUGGAGGCAUCACGAGAGGAGCUGAAGCGUCAUCAGAAGAAGCACCAACAGAUGCUUGAGAAGAUAUUAAGAAAAGAGAAAGAGAGAAAGACUUAUGACAAAGAGGGGCAGGAAGAAGAGAGUGCAGAAGCCCAUCAUCAUUCCAUUGUCAAUGGGGGUGAUGGGAAGCAGGAGGAAGAAGGUAGAGGGAGGAAGGCUAAAGAGGAAGAAAGUUUAUCACAUCAGCUGGAGGAGCUUGCCCGAGCCAGCCUUGUGGAGAGGAGUGGAGGCGGAGCAGCUGGAGGGAGUAGUAAAGUGCCACUAGGAGAGCUACAGAAGCCAGUCAAUUCAUCUAAGACUCACCUCAUUGCCUUGGAGUCACAGCCCACUGAGGAGGAGGAGCUGCCCCUGGCCACACAGAUCACCUGGGAUGACCCCCAGGAACUAGAGGCCAGACUCAGCCUUCAGGAGCAGAUGCAAAAGGACACGCAGGACUUUUCACUUCCUUCAGCACACAAGGCACCCAAAGCUGACAGUGGGAACAACAGUGAUGAUGAAUACAACAAAGAAAACAUUCCAUCAUCACCACCAUCUAAUGGAAGAAAUAAAAAUAGUACCACCACCACCACAGCACCAACAACAACUAAAGACACCACCGCAGCAGCACCACCGCCACCAGGGCAGCUAGUGUUCAAACUGGGGAGUAUGUCUGAUGACAAGUUUCAGGAGUACAUAGAGGUGGUGACGAAGUUGGGAGGUGCACUGAGUUACAGCCAGACACGAGAUCCUCAAAUCACACAUUUGGUGACAAUGAAUCCAUCCUGCUCAGAGGUGACCCUGACCUGUAUAGUCUCUGGGAAGUGGAUACUUAUGAGCACCUACCUGGAUGACUCCCUCAAGGCUGGCUACUUCUUGGAGGAGGAGCCAUAUUCAUGGGGGAACCCUGCAGCUCUACAUACCCCACAGUUAGAUCUGAAGAGUAGUAAGAUUGCAGCAGCGGCGUGGCGGUGGAAGUGUUCCAUUGGCAGCAAUGGGGAGUUGGACAGUGGCUAUGAUGGCGACCAGCAGCAGCAGCAGAGACAACAGCACCACCAACAGCGACGUCCCUUUGAACACAUGACUGCUCUCAUCCACACAAGGAAAGACCGCUCCCAGGCCUUCACCCGACUGAUUGAGGCUGGAGGGGGACAGGUGAUUUCUGCCAGACCACCAUACUCCAAAGUGGAAGGGGUCACACAUUUCUUUGUGGAGAUGGAAAAGACCCCCGAGAAGAUAGACUUAGCCAGCUUUGCUUCAAGAGGUAUUCCCUGUCUCCAGCCUGUGUACCUUAACCACUGCAUUUUGGAGGAGGACCCAGACAUCACACAGGCCUUUAUUCCUGAGUACAAGGAGAUUAUGGCCAAUAUGAGCACCUGUAUCCCGAGUCCCCUAAAGAGAGCCACACAUCGUAACUGAGCAAGUGCAGAAAGCAGGGAGGGGCAUCAAGUUUAUGAUAAGUUCUUCACAUUCCUGAAUUUUUCCAAUGAAAACAAAAGUGAAGGCUGUGGGUGAGAAAACUCUGCUGCAGGACAGUGGUAAUAGAUCUAAUUGUUGGACACUUAAGUUUUGCCUGCAACACCAUUUUGCCAGAGAAAAUAUAAAGAGCUCCUGGUGUAACAUAAUAGCCUGUUUGUAUGACUUAAGUUGUUCAGGUUUUUAGAAAAUUAUCAAAGUUCACCCAUGGACAGAUAUUUCUUCUGGAGCCUCCUGUACUUCCCAAAAAUGACUUUUUAUUGGUCUCUUAUGGAACAGCUGAUAUUCUAAUUCAUAAUAACAGUGCUUCAUGUAAAAGUGUGUUUGGAAGUGGAGCAAGUGUAGGUUGAUUCCCCCAAAAAAUAGGAUUGAACUUCUAAUUAAUGAGACAAACCAAUGCUGUUCUGUGUUAUGUUUAAUUCUUUGGAUCAACAUUAGCAGGAAAUAUUUAUUUGAAGUGGUCAUGUGGUCCUGAGCCUGCUUUUGCUUCUGUUUAUGUAAAUGAAGAUUAGAUAAUUUUUUCAAUUGCAUUUUUUAAUGUGACUGCUUUCUGGAUACUUGAAGAUGGGGCAAGUGUUACAGAGCCAGAAAUGGUCAAGGACUGUAAGGGCAAACAAGACUGACUUCUACUGCCAAGAUGAAAUUUGUGUUUGUGUGUGUCUCCUUUUGUAGUUUACACGGUUUUAUUAUGAUGAGAGAAUAAUUACUCCCACACUCUUCAAUACUACUAUAUAUUUUCAAUACUUUAAAACUAUUAAUUUCCUUGCUAUUUAACUAAAAUACUUAUAGAGGAAAAUAUGCAGAAAUAAAUAAUUAUUUACCAUUUUUA